AUGCUAUCCAAAUUUAAGAAAAUGUCCGAUGCUAAACGCCAACUCGACAACGAUCUCCAUGAUCAGCAAUUGCAUGAAAGAUGCCAACACGGUUGCCGCGACGAGUGUGAUCACGACCGCCGUCCGGAGCCUGAGCACUUGAAAAACGAGCCCAACCCGAACGAUAUGGAAUUCGAGGGCGGCAUCACCAAGGAAGAUCAGGAGGAGGCGUUUAAGGGACUGACAAGCAGAAAUGCCAUGGUUGCUGAUCAUCCA